AUGAGUAAGGAAACUAAAAAUAAAUCUGUUAAUAAUAAAACGGCUAUUAAAAAGACAAUAGAAAAAAAAAAGAAAAAAGAUCCCAAUGCUCCAAAAAAAGCAUUAUCUGCUUACUUUCUUUGGUUGAAUGAUAAUCGAAAUACUAUUAAAAAACCAGGUAUGGGAGUUGCAGAUGUAGCUAAAGCCGCUGGUUUAAUUUGGAGAGGAAUGGAGGCAGAAGAUAAAGCUAAAUGGGAAAAAAAAGCCGAAGAUGAUAAGAGGAGAUAUGCUUCUGAAUUGGAAAUUUACAAAAGGAAAAAGGAAGACAAUUAA